GAAGAGUCUAAUGAGAAUGCUCUUAGUUUAGUUGGUAACAUUUUUUUUUUUUGGGCCCCAAAAAAAAAAAAAAAAACUUUGUCUUUCCUUCCGACAGACCAACAGUUGAUUUCCUCUAAUGAAAUCAAACUAUGCCACGUGGAGGUAAAGCAGGUGUGCCCACUCUCUCGAGUCUCCUCAAGCUUCUUUCUUUUCAUCUGCAAUCGGAGUUUCAACUUCUUCAGGUUCGAACUUCAAACACCAAAACCCUAUCUCAGGCCUCUCUCUCUUUCUCUCUCUCUCAACACUCUCUUCGGGUUUACACACAACCCCUCCAAUUCCCACCACUCACCUCCCUCCACGUGUCACUCUUACAAUAACAACAACAACAACAACAAUAAUAAUGCUCUGCUCGGUCCCACCCGGCAAGUCCGCGUCCAACUGGCUCGACCGUCUCCGGUCCAACAAAGGUUUCCCGACAACCUCCGACGAUGAUCAAAACAACCUCGACCACUUCCUCCUCAAUCAUGACCCAAACCCAAACCCGAACCCGAACCCUACCGAGUCCACUCGCUCCGACUCUGGCUCCACUCAGUCCGACCACGACCGACUCCAUCGAAACAGUACUCAUCAUCAACAACAGCAACAACACAAACAAAUGUACAGUUUAAUGAGCAAUGUCUUGUCGGAGCUCUUCUUCAUGGACGGUGUUGAUGAUGAUGAUCACAUCCAAAGCUCCAAACUUUCCAGGAAAAAGUUUCCCAGGAAACAAACAAACCCCAAAUUCCUAACCUCAACCACCACCACCACCACCACCACCAACAACAACAACAACAACCCUAGUCCCCAAUACGUGACUACCCCAGCAACGGCUUCGUUUGAUUCGAAUAACAGUUUGAAGGAAGUGAAAGAAAAUAAUGUGGAGGAAGAAGAAGAGGAGGAGGGGAAGAAGAUGAAGUUGAAGAAUAAUAAGAAGAAGGAGAAGAGAGAGUUAGUGGGGUAUUCGAGAAGUGAAGUGACGGUGAUUGAUACUAGUUUUGGGGUGUGGAAGAGUGAGAAGGUUGUGUAUAGGAGAAAGAAUGUAUGGAAAGUUAGGAACUUUGGAAGGAAGAGGAAGAGAAUGAAUGGUGGGUGUGAUGAUGACGAUGAUAAUGAUGAUGAUAAUGAUGAUCCUGAUGAUGAUGAAUAUGAAAAUGCUGGUGGGGUUUUGAAGAAAAUGAAAGUUUUGGGUUCGGAUUCUAUAGAGGCUUCCAAUGAAUUUUUCAUUCAACAUUGACGGAGACAAGGUUUGUGAAGUGCUUGACAAAUGUGAAUUGGAGUUUUGACAAGUUGAUCAUGCAUAUGCUUGUUGGAAUGUCACCAGCAAGCAUCAGAAUAAAGAUGAUUGGUUUGCUAUCUAACAUGAUGUCACUCUUAUAUGAUGAAGUUAUUGGGCCAUUUUUAGAAUAUGAGAGGGAGCAUAUGGCAUAAGCAUUGUUGAGAGUAUGGCCAAGCAUCUAUGCCUACUGCCCAGAUCCUCUGCCUUGAAAUGCUUAAAUUACGUUAUUUAUGGCUUUUUAUAGUGUCAUAAAAUAUAAGCUGCAAAUUGCUUUGCACUUUUCUGAGUGAUGAUGUGAAUGUUGCUAAUCAUUUGAUUAGUGUUUGAACGUAAUAAGCAAUUUCUUGGCAGAUUAUUUGUGCCAUUUUUUUUAUAUGUAAUAAACAAUGUUGCUAACAAAUUUUUUUUUUUUGGUUGAUGUGUUUGUGAAUUUUAAUUGGCUGCAACAGCAUUCUGGUUAAUAAAAUACUUUUAAUUGAAUUGUUUUCCAAGAUAAACCUUAUCCAGAAAUACACUUUUUUCUUCCCUUGUGUUGUUGCUCUCAAUGUGAUUAAGACACACCUAGCAAAUUCAUGCUCUUUUUAUUGUUGUGGUACCUCAUCAUUUUUUCUUACUUUGGGACUUUUCAAGUGUUUAUAGUUUCAUAUUAAAAUAUUAAGACAAAUUGAACUUAGAAGAGGUAUUUGAUUGCAGCAAUGUGUAGGAUUGAUUUAGGUUUUCCCUGUGUUCCUGUUGGUGAUAUAUAAGUUUUAAUGUUGGAUCUUAUUGAGGUUGUUUAUUCCAGGAGGCCUAGAAACUAAAAGUUAGACAUUCUCCUAUUUGGUAAUAAAAAUUUUCUGAUCUUUCAUGUAAUUACAUAUGUUGGAUGAAUUAAUAGGUACAAAUGAAUUUAAAUAGUUGCUGAAACUUCAAUUAUUUAACUCAAAGACUGGAUUAAAUGCUGCUGACAUUCAUCCUUCUGCCUUUAGACAGCCUUGAUCUAUCAUAUUGAGCAUGAGGUCUUUACUGAUUCCUGACUCCUCAUUUUAAUGUCACAUAAAAUUUUCUGGUUUUUGACAGACUAUUUGACUUUUUGUGUUUCAAAAUGCUUACUUGACAAUUGACAUUGUCUAUAACUAGGUUUCAUUGUUAAAUGCAUUAUCUAUUGACAAAAUUACAAUGGUGAAAUAAAUUUUAAGUGGUAUUUUUUUUUUCUCUAUUUAGUAAUGGUUAUCCUGUGUGUUGUAAGGAUGCAUUCCAUUUGUUUCUAUUCAUCCAUUAUUAAAAAGCCAUAAUUUUCAUGAAGGAUUUUGUUUUGUUGUCAUCAGUUGAAGCUAUUAUCCUUUCCCCACCCCCUUUCCUUGUAACCGUUGAGGAAUAAGCUCUCUGUCUGACCUCUUUAUAUUUCUGAAUUUGCUUGACUUAAUUAACUAGUAAUAAGCAAUCAAGUGAAUGUAUUAAUUUUUUUUCUCCCUCCGUUGCAUAGAGUUAGUUUUCAUCCCAAUUUAGUUAGUGCCUAUCUGGUUAUGAAGCUACCAAUGGCAGCAUCAUGCAUGACUAUAUGAAGGGGUUUACUCCCAUGACUUUACCUUAUGCAGUGAAUAACUUAAGAGUUUGAAUUCUCCUGAUUUUUUUUUUCCUUGAAAACUUUAUUCCCUUCCUUUAGAGGAUGUAAAAUACUAUGAGCUGUUAAUGGUUCUAACUGGAGAGAAAUCCUGAUUGUAUGGACUUAAGAAUUGUAUAUUUGCCUCUACUGCAUU